CUGGCUCUUCGUGCUAACUUCAGCAUGCUGCGACGAAAACCAACACGCCUGGAGCUAAAGCUGGAUGACAUGGAAGAGUUUGAGAGCAUCCAGAACGACCUGGAGACUUGUAAGAAACAGAAGGAAGAGGUGGAUGUUGUAGGAAGCAGUGAUGGAGAAGGAGCUAUUGGGCUCAGCAGUGACCCUAAGAGCCGGGAACAAAUGAUUAAUGAUCGAAUUGGUUAUAAACCCCAACCUAAGCCCAACAACCGCUCAUCUCAAUUUGGAAGAUUUGAGUUUUAG